AUGUCGGCUAAGCCAGUGGACUUUUGGCUGAAUAACGUUACUAUGAAUAAUAAUGUUCUCGAAGCGGCAUUUAGAUUUCAAACAUGGAAUGGACCAAUCAAGGUAGUGUCGAUACUGUCAACAGUUAUAUUUCCAAAAAAUGCACAUUUUCCAAUAGAUGCUUCUCCUAUCUAUGAUGGACCACCUCAUCUCGCAUCAGAAUCCUAUGCAUAUUCUAAAAGAUCACUGGCACAACUUACACAAUGGUAUCGUAAACAGCAUAAAUGCGACUUUGUCUCAAUAUUGCCUGGUAAUUUCUUUGGCGCCUAUGGCGAUUUUAAUCCUAAUACCGCUCCACUCGUCAAUGCACUGAUCGCAAAGAUGGAAAGCCAAAAAGAACAUAAUCCUACAGCUCCUCUUACCAUGAUGGGUACAGGUACACCACUGCGUCAAAUCAUGUUCGCAUAUGAUCUUGCUCAAAUCGUCAUCUGGGCAAUGGAAAAUUACAAUGCAAAUGAACCCCUAAUUGUUGCUGGCGAAGAGUUUUCGAUCUCUCAAAUUGCUCAGCUUGUUUCUGAACAAGUAGGUUUCAACGGGUAUCUACAGUUUGACAAUGACACGAAGAAUGAUGGACCACUACGUCGCACUGCUGAUACAUCACAAUUCGAAAGACUUAAUCCAUCCUUCCAAAUGACUCCACUCUCAACAGGCAUCAAAAAAACGAUUGAAUGGUAUAUAAUCAACAAAUCGAAAGCAUUGCAAAAAUAA